GGUAUACCAGCGCAUUUGCCAGAACGGCGCCCGUUGCGCCCGCAACGGCGCUUCCCCACGGGGAGAGGCGUACAGGCUUGGAUUGGCCAGCCAUAAUGUAUAUCGAGUUGACGCGCUUGACGACGUCUAGGAAGUAAAAAAUAGGAAGAGGAGCCCGUUAAAGCGGACGCGAAGGAGAAAGCGGAGCGGGGCCUCUAACCGAUGGACGCUUACUCCGGAACACGGAAUAAAUCAAGAACAAAUGACGAGGAGGAAGGCGGGAGAUUCAAUCAGGGGCUCAAGAAAGAAGAUCUCGGAUGCAUCACCAAGAUACUCAAUAUCAUAGUAACCGAUAUCAACCGAAAGCAAAACGGCCGAGCCUACAAGCCGGAAUGGCAACAAACCGGACUGGCACAGGCGCAGGGCAAAAGCACCUCGGCGCUGCGGUGAAGCGCUGCGAGCCGAGGUCCUUUCGGAGCCCUGGUCGGCCUGACCAGCUUAGGUCAGCCUUCAGCUCCGGAGACUCUGGAGGUGCACAACAGCAUAUCCACCGGCGGGUUCUGAGUGAAUGACUCGGAUUGGAACGAGCAUCUACUAAUUAGCUCGUUCCGAGAUUCGACCGCCCACCGGUGACUGUUCUGGUGGUGGUAGGAGAGGCCGAUGGCUCCCUAGUUCAGCCUUUCGUUGCGGGGCACGUCGGCCUCCAACCACUCUUCGGCAGCAAUUCCACUUGCUAGUUGAACAAUCCAGCCCAGAAGAUCGGCUUUCCCUGCGACUCCAGCGCAAGUGCGAGCCAUGUCUAGACCCCACGGGGCUACGCUGAACUUGCAUGUUUCCCAGGCGUUGCAAGCCGAAGGAGCGAUAGCCUCCGCCACGUCUCAAAAAGCGGCUCUGGAAGCUGCCAUCAAUGCCGCCGAACAAUACAUGAAGGCUUUGCGCCUCGCGCCAGCUAAUGACAAGGUUCAACUCGAUGCUAAAUGCAAGGAACUCAUCACCCGCGCCGAGCGGAUCAAGGCGGCCGCGGACUGGCAAUCAGCGGCCCGCCAAAAACCUGUCUCCAAGCUGCAACCCCCUACGUCCAAGCGCAAACUCACGACUCGUGAAGAGAUUAUCGUGCUGGAAGGGGCAAAGCUGAAUGGCUUUAUUUUUCCUCCAUGGGAGCGUCCACCAGCAUCGGCUGAGUUCGAACAGCCGUUCACAGAUUCUCCCGAUCUACAACUAUCUGGCUGUCAAAAGGAGAUAUUCGCUGGGUGGGAGCGCCCAUCCGAUUUGCUACAUGCGAGAAAUGUCGCAACCCAGACACAGGAUGUGGAGAAGCCCGUGAUGUCUGUUAUGGGGACAUCUGAUCUUGUACAAGAUGUCUUGACCGAUUGCUCUGUCGUUGCUAGUCUAUGUGCGACCACUUCAAGAUCGGAGCGGGGAUUAGGAAAUCAUGCUUCGCCAGCGAUGUAUCCCCGUGAGCGUGGCUCAGAAGAACCAGCUCUCUCACCAUCGGGGAAAUACAUUUUUUGCUUCUACUUCAAUGGCGCUUUUCGAAAAGUUGUCAUAGAUGACCGGUUACCAUCUUCAAAUACAGAACGGUCACUCCAUGUGAUUGACCGCAAUUACUCAAACUUCUUAUGGCCUGCUUUGGUUGAAAAGGCAUAUUUGAAAGUUCGUGGGGGCUAUGAUUUCCCGGGGAGUAAUUCAGGAACUGAUCUUUGGGUGUUGACUGGAUGGAUUCCCGAACAAGUCUUCCUCCACAAUGAGGAUGCCACGUCAGACGAGAUCUGGGGCAGACUCUACCAGGCAUUCUCCUAUGGUGAUGUUGUCCUGACCAUUGGAACUGGUAAAUUGACCGAGAGAGAACAACAAGGCCUGGGCCUUGUCAGCGAGCAUGAUUAUGCCAUUCUCAAUAUGAAGGAGGACAACGGCCGACGUCAGUUCUUGCUCAAGAACCCAUGGGCAGGUGCGGAGCCUAGCAUCGUACGACAUGGCAGACUUGACCCAGCAGACUCUGAGAACCCACCCUCCCCUCUGUCACCGGGGACAUUUUGGAUGGACUGCGAACAGGUCUUCCAAAACUUUGAGAAUCUAUAUCUCAACUGGAACCCCGGCUUAUUCAAGUAUCGUGAAGACGUACAUUUUACGUGGGACCUUUCCCAAGGACGGGCUCUUUCAGGUUGCUUCAUCAGGAACCCGCAAUUCUCUGUCUACAGCGAAGGGGGAGGGACGGUCUGGUUGCUAUUGGGCAAGCAUUUCAAGACGGACGAUCACAACUACACUAAAACCAAAGGCGGGGAGCUUGGAUUUAUCAGCAUCUAUAUUUUCCAAGCUGGUGGUAAACGAGUGUGUUUAAAUGAUGGGGCUUUACGCCGUGGGCCCUAUGUUGAUUCCCCAAAUACUCUCAUGAGACUCGACAUGCCCCCCCGAACUACCUACACCGUCGUGAUAUCGGAGCAAUCAUUACCAUCGUCUAACCAGAACUUUACGCUCUCAGCAUUCUCGACGUCCCCGGUCUCGCUGGCUCCUUCAAGAGACAAGCAUAUGUGUUUAAAGAAAACGAGCGGCGCAUGGACGGCAUUGACAGCCGGCGGCAACGCAGAAUCUGCCCGAUACUCUUCCAACCCACAAUUCAGUCUUGAAGUUUCGGAAAGAACCGACUUGUCAAUGCUCCUAGAAUCGAACGAGGCCGAAUUAGCAACUCAUGUCAAACUCUUCUGGUCCAACGGUCAACGCAUCACCAGAGUUCGAAGCCGAGACAUUAUUGCAGACAGCGGCGACUACCGCCGCGGGUGUGCCCUGGCUGAAACAAAAUUCCUCGACAAGGGUCUAUACACCAUAGUAUGCUCGACUUUUGCACCGGAUCAACUUGGGCGUUUUGAGCUCUGGAUCUUAUCAUCGAUACCAUGCGUGGUGCGACCAUUAGCCUCUGAAUCUGCCGGCCGCCGAAGGACCGUAUCUAAUAUCGGAAUUUUGACACCUGGAAAGGACCGCAUGUUGGCACCGUUGCGGGUAUCACGGAUGACUCGCAUCAAGUUAAUUGCAAAGAGUAAACUAUCUACAAUUGGGGCUCGCUCCGUUGCCCCAUCGCCUGUCUUGAUGACCGUUGAACUAGGCCAAGGCCCUUACAAGAAGACCCUAGCAGUGUCUGAGGACGGCAGUCAUUGUGAUGCUCCUUCCGGGGUACGCGUGGAUGACUUUGAUCUCUCACCGAGCCCUGACUCCCAUGGAAACAUUUGGAUCGUCAUUGAGCGCAUUGGAGGGCCUGGUGGACAAGUGGAAGAUCAUUUUGAGGUUGAGGCUUUGGCUGAAGAGCGCGUGGAGAUUGGCGAGUGGGUAGUUGAAGACGAUUGAAUAUGAAUUGCAUAUUGAGCUCAAGUCCACCAGAGACUUGCUAUCGCAUCAGAGACUCAAUUUACGUAUUCCUCGCCAAUUCAAUAUCCAACUAUGAAAUAUGAAACCAGGAGUAUUUCUCAAAGCUGACCUUUUAUAUUGGGGGAAAUCGACCACAGCGACUGUCCUCAGCCAGCAGGAGUGGUUCCUAUGCUGUAGGCAUAAAAUUG